GAGGUUAGAGGGAAGUCAGAGAAAAUAAAGUUUCAGAGAGUCGUGAACUCGUUUCUCGUUAGAAUUAACAGGAAGCUGCUUCAAACGUUAACGAGGGAGAGAGAGAAAUAAAAUGUCUGACUCUGGAGUCAAUCCACACUUGGAGGGAAUUAUUUCUGACUUUGAAGCUCUGAAGAGGUCUUUCGAGGUGGAGGAUGUCGACACUUCAUCUCACUCCCCCGGCUCCCGUCGGACGACCAGCACCCCUCACCGUAACGCCAUGUCUCCCACCAGCAUCUACUACCGUGACCUGGGCACCGCCGCCCAGGCCACCAACAACAACAACCUCAACUACACUCAACCCCGCUCCAUCAUGGGUGGAGGAGGCUCCAAGACCCCUGAGCCUGUGUCCCGCCGUUCCGAACUUUCCAUUGAUAUUUCUUCUUCCAGCAAGCACGUGGAUAACGUCACCAGCCCCUCCUCCACGCGCUUUGCGACCCACGGCGCCCUGAAACGCCCUGAAGUCCUGGGUCACUCCAAGACCCCGGAGAUGGGCCACAAGAGGGAGGUCACGUUCGCCAAGGCGCCUGCUGAUUCCCCGGGGACGCGUCGCAACGAGGGCAACAACAACAACAACGGCACCAGUCGUACCCCUGAGCAGAAUCACACUCGCAAGUUUGAGCCUCCUAGUCCCGGAGAUGUCCGUAAACCUGAUAUCAGCAUCACCAGAGCUCCCCCGGAAAACAAUGGCCACCACCCAGCAGUGCACCACCCACACCACCCCAACCCUCACCACAACACCAUCGUCACCAGCUUACGCUGCUCUUCACCAAAUCAUGCCGGACGGAAAUCCCCCAACCAUGACAGGUCAGAGGUCAACCUGAGCCACAGCAACAUGUCCGAGUCCGCCAAGCCCCACCACCCCCCCAACCCCCAAGCUAAGGGGGAGAAGAGCCAUGGCGGCGACUUCAGCUACGUGGGCAUCGACGCCAUCCUGGAGCAGAUGAGGAGGAAGGCCAUGAAGCAGGGCUUCGAGCUCAACAUCAUGGUCGUGGGGCAAAGCGGCCUGGGGAAGUCCACUCUCAUGAACACUCUGUUCAAAUCCAAAGUGAGCCGUAAGUCUGUGCAGCCCAACCCGGAGGAGAGGAUCCCCAAGACCAUCGAGAUCAAGUCCAUCAGUCACGAUGUCGAGGAGAAAGGAGUGAGGAUGAAGCUGACGGUCAUCGACACUCCGGGCUUCGGGGAUCAGAUCAACAAUGAAAACUGCUGGCAGCCCAUCAUGAAGUUCAUCAACGAUCAGUAUGAAGCGUACCUGCAGGAGGAAAUCAACAUCAACAGGAAGAAGAGGAUCCCAGACUCCAGGGUGCACUGCUGCAUAUACUUCAUACCUCCCACCGGCCACUGUCUGCGUCCUCUGGAUGUGGAGUUCAUGAGGCGCCUCAGCAAGGUGGUCAACAUCGUCCCCGUCAUCGCCAAGGCCGACACACUCACCCUGGAGGAGAGGGACAGCUUCAAGCAGACGAUCAGGGAAGAGCUGCGAGCCAACGGCAUCGACGUUUACCCUCAGAAAGAGUUUGACGAGGACGCGGAGGACCGGCUGAUCAACGACAAGAUCAGGGAGAUGAUCCCUUUCGCUGUUGUGGGCAGUGACCAGGAGUACCAGGUGAAUGGCAAGAGGAUUCUGGGAAGGAAAACAAAAUGGGGCACCAUAGAGGUGGAGAAUAUCGCACACUGUGAGUUCGCCUACCUGCGAGACCUCCUCAUCAGGACACACAUGCAGAACAUCAAGGACAUCACAGGAAGCAUCCACUAUGAGACGUAUCGCGUCCGCCGCCUAAAUGAGUCCAACGGUCAUUUCAGCUCGCACCUGUCCGACCAUCCCGACGCUCAGCAGAAGGCUAACGGCCAACCCGAGCAGCAGCCCGGCGGCCUGCACGCCAACGGGGUGGCCGCCCAGCACGAAGCCCUGUCCCACGAGAUGUAGAGAGUCCUGCACGGAGCUCAGAUCGCUAAAAUUUAUGAUAUCAGGACACCAGCCAGGCACAAAACAUACACUCGCACAUGUAUUCUGUUUACAUGAGCCCACAAACACAAACACACACUCAUGCGGUGAAGCCUGUUGUUCUUACAUACCCAAUGACAGCAACGUCUUCCCUGCAGAUCCACACACUGUACACAAACUCUUUUUUUACUCACAUCUGCCCGACUGCCCCACGCAAUCCACAACCAACCAUGAAAGUCUGUCAGGUAUCCGUGAACGUAAAUGUCCCGUUACUGAGCUUUGGCUGCAGUCGGCAUGUUUGGAAGAAUAAAAUAGUGAAUCAUCAGCGAAACAUUGUACAAGAUUUUGCAGGACUGCAGGUCUGCAUUGCCGAGGAGAAAAUGAAAUCAGAUGAAAGUGUUGGUGCUGCCGGCCUGGUCUGCUUUGUGUUGUGGCGUAUAGUUUUGUAUAGAUACUAGGGUUAUGUAGGGAUAGUUAGGUUUAGGGUCAUAGUCUGAUGGAAAGAUAUCGUCGACACCUCCACGCUGCAAAAUAAUACAAAAAAUAUAAAAAAUAAGAGUGUGGAGCAGCUUUCAGAAAACGAGUCCUCUUGUCAUUUCUCAUUUGUCGUUUUGAUGUUUUUAAACCGCCCCGUCUCUUUCUCAUAUAACGCCGUUGUUGUGUAACACCGUCAUACCUUAUCGCUCAUUUAUUAAUAUUGUAUUUUAAUUGUUCUAAUGUUAUUGUGUAAGAUGGGAGGAGUCUGUGGUCCCGUUUGAUCCAUUUUUUCUUCUGACUGUAAACCAAAUAAAAGUCAUUUUUUUCUGUUCUAAAGAGAAGCACAUACAGUAUAUAGAUGAUUUAUGAAUAGGUAUUUAUGUGUAUUAAAGUGUAUUCAGUUCAUUCCAGAUGUUGCUUUAACAGUGACGAUCUUUUGGCUUGAUGCAGUUUGUCAGCUCAGACGUUGUGGGGACGCUCAGAGUGCCAAAGGACUUUUUUUACCUGCUGGUCUAUAUUUGUACAUUGAUUAUUAAUAAUUACAAAUGAUCCUGCCUGUGUCACAAGCUUAAAUCUUUCUGUCACCAUUAAAUAUCCAUAAAAUAAGAUGCAGCUGAUCAUUUCUGUUCAUAUUUGUGAAAGAUGUGCAUUCAUACGAACUCCAGGGAUAAUCUAUAGAUCUAUGGAGGCGACGUCUAAAUUGAAAUAGUCCAAAGUAUAUUUUCUGCCUCUUUAAGUCACGACAGAAAUAUUUUCCAUACAUACA